AGAAAGGAAAUUGCUAAUGACAUGGCCCAGUGGGGUGUUUCAGGUCAUGAGAAUGUAUCGAGUUGUGAUAGGUGCAAGUUGCCCUUCCCUGCUAAUAAAUUUUUGUACCACACUAAUGGCUGUCAGAAUUCGCUAAGUCCCAGUAAUCCACAUGUGCCUUUAACUACUAGUACCAAUAAUGAUAAUAAGGAAAUAGAUACAUGUACACAAGACACUUCAAUUAGUGCAAGCAAUGAUGGCCUUGCUUUUACAUGUGAGAGUGAGAAUAUUGCUACAUCUGGUGGGACAAGAAAGCGUAAACGUUGUGGUUGCUGUCAAGGGUGCCGGAGUGCUGAAUGUGGCAAAUGCAAAUAUUGCCUCGAUAAACCUAAGUAUGGUGGAAGUGGAAAGCUAAGGCAAUGUUGUAUACAUAAAAAGUGCCAGGAGAUAAAAGGAUUCAAAGAGUCGGAUUUUGCCAAAAAAAAGGACAAGACACAUGUAUCACCUAAUACAAAAGAAAGAUCAAAAUCGUUGCCUAUACUUAUUGAAGAAGAGAAGUCUGAGCAAUCAAGUACCAGAAAAUAUCUGGCAAAAGCAAAAGGGACAUUGCUUGAUGUAGCGGAUUUUGCUACAGUUUACAAUGGAGAAUGGUUGAAUGAUCAAAUUAUUAAUUAUGCCCUGGUAUAUAUAUUUUUGGAGGAAUUUCCUGAAAAGUUGACAUCACUAGAAAGCACUUUUUUUUACUUGUUGCCAACAACAGUUUUUACCAAACUAAUGCUGGGACAAGCAGAUGAUUCAUUGAAUUGCUACUUUCUAGUAAGAAAGAUGUGA